AUGGUCCGCCCCAGAAUGCACCAGCCUUGCCUUGUCAUCCUGCCCUUUUUGCUGCUGCUAGCAUCAAUUGCCAAAGCCAUCAACCUUGAUCUCAACAGCCGCGAAUCCAUUCUCCAUGCCGCCAGCUUGACAGCCCUAGAUGUCCGACAACUCUACAAACCCACAGAUCCGGGAGGAAAGAUCGGCAAAUUCCCAUUCCCACCAUACUAUUGGUGGGAGUCUGGAGCUGCUUGGGGCGCCAUGAUUGAGUACUACCACUAUACAGGUGACAAGACCCAUCUGAAUACCACCCUGGAGGCCAUCCUUUCUCAGCUUGGUCCGAGGUAUGAUUUUGAGCUCGAGUCUGAACGUUUCGACGAGGGCAAUGAUGAUCAGGCCUUUUGGGUCUUUGCUGCCAUGUCAGCUGCGGAAUAUUCACUGCCUCAACCACGUGCUCCCAUUCCUCCAUGGAUAAGAAUCGCACAAAAUGCAUGGGAAAGCUUCGCGUCCAGGUGGAUGCUCUCAACAGGCUGCAACGGAGGAUUGAAAUGGCAGUUUCACGCAGAAAAUGCCGGAUGGUAUUACAAGAGCACGAUCUCCAACGGGUGUUUCUUUCAGCUGUCUGCACGCCUUGCGCGCUUCACCGGGAAUGAUACAUACCUUCACUGGGCAAAUCGAAUCUGGGACUGGAGUGAAGGAGUGGGUCUCAUCGAUGAUGCAUACAAUGUCUACGAUGGCACCGAUGAGCUCAUCAAUUGCUCAGCCAUUGACCAUCAUCAGUGGUCGUAUAAUGUUGGAGUCUACUUGUACGGCGCAGCCUCGUUGCAGAACUAUACUCGGUCUAGGCUAUGGCUCAAUCGAACCCUGGGAUUACUCGACUCGGUCAAUACCUUUGUCACCCCGUUCCCGAAUUCAACCAAUAUUAUAUUCGAAGCAGCAUGUGAACUGAAUAACAAGUGCAACACCGACCAACUUUCAAUGAAAGCUUACCUGGCGCGGUGGCUAGCUGCCACAUGUCUUGUGGCACCAUUCACAGCCCCACGGAUAGGAGAGAUUAUCCGGACAUCAGCUCAAGGUGCUGCAGCAAGCUGCACAGGAGGACCAUACAGCAAAACUUGCGGCUCAAAAUGGUUUACGCACAAAUGGGAUGGCACAUCUGGCCUGGGGCAACAGUUGGCAGCGAUGGAGGUGAUCUACGCUCUAUUGGUCAACGAAACAGAUCCCCCUGCAAACGACCUCACUGUCAAGAUUGAGCCUGCGCCGUCAGUUUCCUUGACCCCAACUGCCUCGGCUACCCCCCAUGGUACGGCCAGACCGUUGCAUGAUGCAGUUGAGCCACCUGCAAAGUACAAGAAUAAGAUUCACAGUUUUAUUGCGGCUGUUGUCACAGCAUUAGCGCUAUUCUAGGUGGGAUAUUUCAAGUCGGAUAGACUCCUCUUCUGUUGAUUGUAGUCAUCGGUGGA